AUGUUGUUCUUUGCUCAAGAGAAUAUACAAGAACAUCUUGAGCAUGUUCAGGAUGAUCCUAGAUAUUGUCUUGCUACGAGCAAUGGUCAUUUGAGAUAUAUAUUAUUGAACUGUUACAAGAAGAUUAUCAAGCGCUUGGAUCCUACGCAAAAUAUCUUGGAACUGUCGGAGGAAAGCUUCGAUACAAGAAGCAACUCCUUGUGUGAACUUAACAGAAGCAAAAAAAUAGACGUGUCUCCUAAACUAUACAAGAUGAUAUACACGUGUCCAAAUUGCAAUAUAGAUCUAAUGAUCAUGAUAACCAACAAUUUUGAAGAUAACAAUUAUACGUUUCAAAUCUCAUUAGCUUCCUUAGAUAAAACUGAGCAAUCAAUGGAAGAAGACACGCAAGCACCUGAAAAUACGAUAGAUCAUGACAACAUCUGUGAGCUGAAGGCAAGUGUAAUAGAUGAAGAAAACGAUGAAAUGAUGUCACCAAGCAUUGUCGUAAACGAAAGUAUCAGUGAAGUAUACAAGACCUCGCUAGCCACACAAGAAGAUGACAACUGCCUGGACGCCUUCAUUACAUUUCCAAACAAAAAACGCCGGACAAGUGAAGAUGCAGAGAAAGAUCAGGAAAAUAUUAUUUUUGCGAUAGAUAACGACUCUGACAAAUUGCAGGAACUAAAAGUAGAUGCGACAGCGUGCAAACCCGACGACGAUUCGUUGAAUUCUGAUCACGAUGGUGCAGGAAAUUUAGUAAAAAUCGAAUCGGUAAGCGCCAGCGCGAGUAACUUGACGAACGAAGUCGAGACAGGGAACGAGGACGACGCGAAUGGUAUGAUGGAAAUCAUGUCGGCGAAUGACGUCAUGGAGUGCACACUUGACGAGGAGAUGGACUGCAAGGAGAACGACAGUACGGUAUACGUGACUGAGACGGAGAGAGAUGGUGUCGAUGACGAUUUCGGGAAAUGCGAGAAUGCCUAUAUCAAAAGAUGCCCGAGGAUCGAGUGCAAGUUGUGCGGGACGCGUUACCUCUCGCGGGAGAAGUACGAGUUUCACAUGGAGCGGCACAAGCUGAAUAAGACGGACAGGUUCAUCUGCACGAUAUGCGACAAGGAAGCGAGCAACGAGAGCCUGCUGUGGGACCACUAUUUCCACACGCACAAGAGCUCCGUGCGGCACGUUUGCGCGAUAUGCGACAAGGUGUUCGCGAGGAAGGCGAGACUGAACACCCAUCAGAAGAAGUGCAAGCAUUCCGGCAGCAGAGAAUUGUACUGCGGCCCGGACACGGACGAGACGAGCGUCGGUCGGAAUGUCGAUUUGAAGCAGGCACCGGUGAAUUGCAGCCUCUGCAGGAACACGAUAACAGACAUAAAUCCGAAGGCCAUCAACGACCUGGUGACUUGCGCCGCCUGUGAGGACUCCGCUUUGUCGCUGAUGGUCAACGGUAUCGACAUGAAGAUGAUCUCGCCGCGGCAGUACCACUGUUCCCAGUGUCCGAAGCACUUCGUGCACAAGGAGCGGCUGGAGUUCCACGAGAUGCGGCACAACGAGAACAUGAACGAGUUCGUCUGCAGCACCUGCGGCAAAGAGUUCAGAGCGGAGAAUUCCCUGUACGAGCACUACCUGUUCGUGCACAAGGGCGCGAGGCCGCACAUCUGCGAGCUCUGCGGCAAGUCGUUUCAGCUGAAGGUGCGGCUGAAGGAGCAUCUUCGCACGCACACCGGCGAGAAGCCGUAUCAGUGCGACGUGUGCGGCCAGCGCUGCAUGACCACCAACGCGCUCAGGCUGCACAGGAAGACGCAUUUCUCCAACAAUCGCUACACCUGCAUGCUGUGCGACAAGUCGUUCAGCAAGAAGCAGAAUAUGAACGAGCACCUGGAGAAACACUGGAAGAACAACAAGAACGUGCUGCUGCCACAGGUCUUCACCUGUCCCCUGUGCGCGGAGGACCUGCCUACCUACCGUAUGCUGAAGUACCACAUGAUGCAGAUUCACGAGAUCCACCACCAGGACCCGCUGCUGACCGAGCAGAAGCCGUGGCACGAGUGCAACGUCUGUCACGAGAAGUUCAAGCAUCAGAUGUCACUGAAGGCGCACAAGGAGCGGGUGCACGAGGGCAGGGUCAGUCCGAUAUUCGAGUGCGACAUCUGCAAGGCCUCGUACAAGAUCAAGCAGAUGCUGAUCAACCACAUCAGGAGCAAGCACGAGGGCGAGAAGCGCUACAAAUGCGCGCAGUGCCACAAAGGAUUCAACGACACCAACUCCCUGUACAAUCACAUUCUGCUGCACACCGGGAGAAAGCCGUUCCAGUGUGACCUCUGUAAUAUGAGCUUUCGACGUAAGGAAACGCGGGAUCGUCAUCGUCGCAAGCACACGGACGAACAGCCCGCCCAGGACUCGGACUGCGGCCAGACGAUUACCGUCGACAACAGUCGCGCGAAGCGGCGCAAGAAGGUACGCAGCGAGGUCAAGGCCGAGUGCGAAAAGUGUCCCGAUUGCGGUGAGAAGUGCAGCAGCCAGCAGGAGAUCAGAAUGCACUUGAACAAACACCUGGGUGAAAAGCUGAACAAUCUGCAGUGCAUGUAGCAAUGCAUGUAGCAAUGCAUCGCAUCGGAUGGGGAUUUGCAACUCGUUAUCGCGAAGUCUGCGCGAAAUUGUAAAAAAUUAAUGAGGAAUUAGUACUUGCGAAAUACGAUGGUGCUUGAUUAUAUCGCACAUUCAACGGGAGUCUUUUGAACUAAGUAGAUUAAGUGAUUUUACGUUAUUUUUUUCGCGAAACGCGGUCGACGACGAUUCCUUUAAUGUAACAUGCGACGUAGUUAAUUCCAUUUCCCCAUCGUAUUUAUCGUUCUUGCGACACCUCUGUGAAAUAACUGUGUAAACGUAAAUAUGUUUAAUACACACACGCGCGCGCGCGCGCGUGUGUGUGUGUGUGUGGAAUCAGUAAGUAAUCAUGCAUUUGAUGAAAUUUUAUCGUUUUACUGAUGUAAUACGAUACUUUACUUAGAACGUAAGAUAUCCCAUUUAUGGGUCGAGUUUCCCAAUUUUGCGGCAAAUUUAGUUUAUUAAUGUAUUAAAGAAGUACACAUUAUACUGAAAAAUAAUUAUAAUUAAAUAAAAUUAUA